AUGGAGGCACCAGAGCCUAGGAACAAGGCCGAGCUUCAGUCAUUUCUAGGACUGUUAGCAUUCUACGACAAAUUUCUGCCCGACAGAGCUACCAUCGCAAAGGACCUCUACCAUCUGCUAGGCAAGGAGAGACUAUGGACCUGGCAAAAGCAGCACAGCGACGCAUACACGCAGUUGAAGCAGUUAGUGAACAAGCGUACAGUUCUGGCGCACUACGAUAAGGACAAACCGCUAUUGUUGUCAUGCGAUGCGUCCCCUUACGGGCUGGGUGCUGUUUUAGCUCAACCCGACUGCACAGGCCAAGAAGCACCAAUAACCUUUGCGUCGCGAACCCUAGGAGACGCCGAAAGAAACUAUUCACAGUUGGACCGUGAGGGUCUGGCUGUUGUAUUUGCGAUAACCAAGUUCCAUUCUUACAUCGCAGGACGACACGUGAAGAUAAUCACGGACCAUAAACCAUUGUUAGGUAUUUUUGGGAACCAGAAACCGGUACCGCAAGUACUGUCACCGCGGAUGAUUCGCUGGUGCAUCAAACUUUCGGCUUAUGACUACGAGUUAGUCUACCGCAAAGGUUCUCAACAUCAAAAUGCGGAUUGCAUGAGCAGGCUGCCGCUACAGGCGAAGACGGAUGAGCCACAUCUUCCGGGGGACGUGCUCAUGUUGGAGGCACUACAAACACCGCCGUUCACCAUUGAGGAACUAAGUGAAUUGACUGCCAAGGACGAAGUUCUCGCAGCGGUGCACAAGGCUGUUAAGGACGGCACCAUCUCCAAGCUGAAGGGCGAGAAAUGCCAAGCAUACGUCAGGAGAGCAAGCGAGUUAGGAACUCACAAUGGCUGUCUGACGCGGGGCACACGUGUUGUAAUACCAAAUGCGGCAAGAAAAAGGGCCCUGGACUUAGUGCAUGCAGGCCACAGGGGAAUUGUAGCCAUGAAGGCGUGUGCACGUAGUUAUCUAUGGUGGCCGGGCAUUGAUGAUGACAUUCAGGGAAGGGUUGAACAAUGUGCAAGGUGCCAACAACAUCGCCGGUUACCGCCGAAGACUGUUAUGAAAGAGUGGACGCGUGCAACACAGCCGUGGGAUACCAUCCAUCUAGAUUUUGCAGGACCAUUGGAGGGUGUGAUGUUGCUCAUCGUGGUUGAUUCAUACACGAAAUGGUUGGAGGUGCGUAUAGUUCGCCGAGCAACAGCUAGUGCCGUUGUAGAAGAACUGCGUGGACUUUUUGCCACAUUCGGAAUUCCACGCAAGGUUGUGUCCGACAAUGGUACUCCUUUUGUCGCGUUGGACACCCAAGACUUUUUCAGAAGGAAUGGGAUCAGGUCAGUUACAAGUGCCCCAUACCAUCCUGCCACUAAUGGGCAAGCGGAAAGAAUGGUUGCAGAGACCAAGACUGCGCUCAUGCGUGAUCAGGAAGGAACACUAGAGUGCAGACUUGCACGGUUUCUGUUCAAACAACAUACAACGGUACACACUACAACAGGAUGCACACCGGCAGCAGCAAUGUUUGGAAGAGAAUUACCUUCUGUGCUGACCUACCUGAAAGCCAAGAAGAGUCACGAGCCUGCUAAGGAUCCAAAGAUCUCCAGAGUACGGAAUUUACGGCCAGGACAAACUGUGCUGUUGAGAAAUUUUCUGGGCAUGCCAAAGUGGAUCACAGGGACGUUGGUGAGGAAGCUGGGAGAACGCUCAUGGGUCAUGGAUACUGCUGCUGGUCUUGCAAGAAGACACAUUGAUCAUAUUCGGCCAAUGAAAAUGUCGACAGCCGAGAACAGUGACAACGUGUCACCAUCUACAGCAUGGAGCUUGCAAGCAAGGCCUCCAGUGCCAAGGACAGAGGCACCGGAGACACCAACAAGCGACACCUCAGUGGUUACCAAGGGCAACACCCGGGUAUCGCGUAACAGAAGACCACCCGCUUGGUUGAAGGACUAUUGUCAAACUAAGUAG